AUAAGAAGAGUGUGGAAUCCCGCACGGAUCAUGUCUUGGAGAUUGGAGCCAGAUGCCUGAAGAUAGUGAUCCAGCCCGGAGAAGGGGACCUGAGCAAGAGCCCGUUUACGGAGCAGGCCUCCCCCAGCUACUCUGUCCCUUCCAGCUCUUCCCCACUUCUGCAGAGGUUCGAGGAGCAGCAGGCAGCCAAAGGCCACGGAGACAUGGCAAAAGAAGUCAUUACCAAAAAGAUAUUUCUUACAGUAUCUGCGACUUUGAAUACCAGUAUGUUCACUGAACAGCAAAGGGCGAAAAUUACCGUUUUAUGUCCAAAUUUAAAAAGAGAAGGAAAUCUUGAUAUUGAUGGCUCUGAGAAAUUGACGGGGGAUUUUACAGAUAUUGAAAAAGCCUAUCACUACUUUAAGGAUAUCCUUGCAGGCAAUGACCCAAACUAUGAUUUUUCACGUUCUGAAAGUAAAAAUGGUUUGGAAGAUGAUAAUGGUCUAAAUACUGAAGAAAUGAAUGAGCUUACAGUUCCAACAGCUCUCUAUGAAUAUUUCAGUCACACCUGCAAAGAACACGUCAAAGUACUACAUGAAGAGUUCGGAGUGCAUAUAAUAAGUAGAGAUCAUUACAACGGAACCACAUCACUAUGCUUCGCUCCUGAUAAAAGCCCUGCAACAAUGCAAAAAGCUAAUGAUUUUUUUAUCAGAACUUUUCAGAAAACAGUAGAAGAUUUGAAACAGGAAAAAAUUCCCGUACCGAACAGUUACACAUUAAGCAAGACAAUAACAAAAUUAAAUGCUAGGUUUAGUAAACUUCUUGCCAAAGAGGAAGGGAAUCAGCUGCUACUCCGUGGUCCAACGAGUGAGAUUUUAGCUGCCAAAAAUUUUCUAGCAGAGAACAGUGAAAACAGCAAAGCUGAAAAGAAUAUGAAAAUAUCAUCUGAACUCUACAAAUACAGGAAUGGAAUUGAAGUUGAUGCUUCUGUGUUUAAAUUGUUGGAAACAAUAUUAAGCAAAGAAAUUGAAGACAUUAAAGACAAAUUUGAUACAGUAAUAGAAGACAGUUCCUAUGGCCAGAAGGUGCUCAUACUAUUUAGACCCAGGACCAAGACUUCUGAUAUGUCUUCACAUGCUACUGAAAGUUUCAUUAAUGCAUUUCAGAAUGCCUCUGCAUUGUUAAGAGAAAAAGUCAUCAGCUGGAAGCUUUCAGAAGAUCAGAAAAAAAGAUUAAAAAUGCUAAUUAGUGGGAAAAAUUGGGAAGAUAUGCAUGUAAAACUGAAGAAGAAAGAAGAGAAGUUCAUCUUAAGUGGUUUACCAGACAAUCUUGAUGUUGCCGAAAAGCUCAUUAUGAACUUACUUAACAUUGAAGACUCUACACAAACUAAAAACAAGACAGCACUGUCCUCUGAUCAUGACUAUCAAGAAGCUACAGGAGCAUCUGAGAAGAAAUACUAUGGCAGGAAGAAGAGUAGUCUUUCUUCUGAAGGACAGUCUAAGGCAAAGACAGAAGAAGAAGACGACAAAGAUGUGUGUCCAAUUUGCAUGGACAAAAUUAAUGAUAAGGAAAUACUGAGAAAGUGCAAUCAUGCAUUUUGCAAAAGUUGCAUCGAACAGGCCAUGACUUAUAGGCAGAUUUGUCCUGUUUGUAAUACUGUCUAUGGACUCAUGAAAGGAGAUCAACCAGAGGGCACAAUGUCAUUUAAAACGUUACCUUUUCAUCUCCCUGGUUAUCCCAAUUGUGGUACUAUUCGCAUUACCUAUGAUAUGCACGGUGGUAUUCAAACUAGCAACCAUCCAAACCCAGGAGAACGUUAUGGUGCAACUACUCGAACAGCGUAUUUACCUGACAAUAAGGAAGGGCAAGAAGUUCUGGAGCUCCUCAAAAGAGCCUUUAACCAGAAAUUGAUUUUCACAGUGGGACAUUCACGUACUAGUAAUGCACAAGGUGUUAUCACGUGGAAUGAUAUUCAUCACAAAACUGCCAUUUCUGGAGGAGCUACCAAUUAUGGUUACCCUGAUCCUGAUUAUCUGCAACGAGUUCGGUUGGAAUUGAAAGCAAGAGGAAUUGAAUAA